AUGAAUCAGCUUAGAAGCGUCAGUCGAUCACCUCCUCCAACACCUUCCAAAUCCACCUUGCCCGCUCGUUCGCCUGCCAAGUCUACCACUCGAGUUCCUCUCGUACUACCAGUGAGAAAUUUUUGGGGUCCUAUUAGCUCAAGUCGAGUUGCUUACAAGUGUCAUUUUGAGAAGUUCAUUGUUCCCCCAGGCUGGACAGCACGUCCCGGGAGCCCCAGCUUUGAAUACGAGUGGGAUAGUGUCAAUUCAGCUGGCCAAAAGAUUGCUCGAAGCUAUGUUCUUACUCCGGGUCGACCAAUCUUAGACGAUGACGAUGUCUCCCUAACGACUUUCCAAUCUGGCGAUAAACCCUACAUCUGGGAUGUCCUUUGUUAUGAUGUGUAUGAGAUAGCACCUCAGGACAUCAAUGAAGUCGCUCGCAUUCUGUCCCAGAAGGGGGUCUCAAGGAGCUACAGAAACGACUUGGAUAUUGCUGUCUGA